AUGUUCUCCGCCGUCUCGCCUUCGCUUCGCAUGUCUGCUGCUCGCCUGCUCAGCCGCACACCCAACCCCCUUGGUGCCAGUUUCGAUGCCUGCGCGGACCUCCCUCCUGCUUGCGUGGACGACAUUGCUGCCUUCGCGGACGACAUUGCUGCCUUCGCGGACGACAUUGCUGCCUUCACAGAUGAGUAUCGCCACCCCUCUCCUCAACCUCCUCUGCCUUUGAUAUUUUCAGCAACCAUCAUUCAGUCGUUCAUGCAUGUUUCAUGUCACCCCACCUGCUCGCACCACACUCAAGGGUCCCCCCAGGUCUCAGUCCCCGUGUCUGCUGCCUUCGCGAUCGUCUCUGGUGCCUUCGCGGACGUCUCUGGUGCCUUCGCGGACGUCCCUGGUGCCUUCGCGAGCGUCCCUGGUGCCUUCGCGAGCGUCCCUGGUGCCUUCGCGAGCGUUCCUGUUGCCUUCGCGACACUGCUCCUUCGCGAACGUCAGACAAAGAUGAGUUUCUCUGGACCCGCAUGCAGCGACUUGGCGGGCAGCAGGGCGCUCUUCCUUGGCUGCACCGACCGCCUGCCACUCGCGCCUCGCGAGAGACAAGAUGAGUACCUCCGCUCCUCCCUCUCUGCCUCCGCCUUUUCCUGCUUCUGCAAUGGACUGCCGCUGGAAGGGGAAGCCGGUGUGAGUUCAACCAGGGUUGGUGUUGGUGGCGGUGGCGGUGUUGGUGGUGGCGGUGUUGGUGGUGGUGGUGGUGGUGGCGGUGGUGGUGGUGGAGUGCAUUCCCUUCCCCCUCUCUUCCCUUCCCCUGCUGCCACGUGUCCGCCAGCUGCCAGUGACACGUGUGACGUGAAGCUGACGGAGAGGGAGCAGGCAGAGCAGCGGUGCAACCGCAAUGUGCUCGCUCUGGCCAAGCGGCAAGCGGAGGACGUGGGGAAGGUGCUGGAGGUGAGCCUACAUGCAUUCCUGCGUGCAUUAUCACAUGCACCAGCACCUGCAUUUCUGCACUCAUCACAUGCGCCAUCACAUACGUCACUGACGGAGAGGGAGCAGGCAGAGUAA